AUGAUGAUAUUCACCCAAAUAAUAUGUCUCCUAGUUUUCUCCCUUCCAGUGCAGGGACGAAUUGACCGGCAUCGAGUCGUCUCAAAAUACAACGUCGUUCGAUCGGCUCUCAUUGACCAGGAUACCACGCCGCUGCAGGUUGGGAAUGGAAAUUUUGCAUUCAAUGUCGAUAAUACGGGGAUGCAGUCGUUCCUCCCGUUUAACACGCUGUCUAGCUGGGCCUGGCAUAAUGACUCUCUGCCAGAGAAUGGGGAAGAUCCCAGUGAUUACCAUGGGGUCGAGAGAAUGACCCAUGGCCGAAACGUCUCCUACGAUAUCCCUGAUCCUAACCUCCCACAAGCCUCGCAGUGGCUGAUCUCGAACCCUAAUCGUAUCAAUCUGGGCAGUAUUGGACUCCAAUACAAGGGCGCUAAUCUUUCUGCCUCGGAUAUUACGGAUCCAGUCCAGAAGCUUGACUUAUGGAAUGGAAUCAUCACAUCAACGUUCAAGGUCAACGGACAGGAGGUCGAAGUAAUAACGCAGGGCGACUUUGAAUCCGACGCGGUUACUUUUCAGAUUACAUCCAAACUAGUCGCUUCAGGAGAUCUGUCUGUCGGUUUGAAUUUCCCGUAUCCCCCGACCCAUACUACCAAGUAUAAGUAUGAGGUGUUUGUGGGUGUUAAUGAUUUCGCCUCGAAUCAUACCACGGCUAUUCAAGAGGGAUCGGAGCCUAACACAGCGCAUAUUUAUCAUAAAUUGCAAGAGACAAGCUACUUUGUUAAUCUAAGGUGGCCUUCUAGCUCUCCUCUUCAGCUUUCUCGGUCAAAAAACACAACCGCCACGGCAAGACACCGCUACUCGCUCGCUUCCACCUCAUCUACCCUGGAACUCACCGCUCAUUUCUCUCCAGAGAAGGAGGUACCAAGCUUGCCGUCUCCCAUCAAGAAGCGAAACUCUGCGGGUUGGAAUAAAUAUUGGAAAGAAGGCGGAUUCGUAGAUCUGACAUCGUCGUCUAACCCCAAGGCAGAUGAGCUGCAGCGUCGGAUUAUUCUGUCGCAAUAUCAUGUCCGAGUCAACAGUGCAGCCAAGGGUCAAUCCCCGCAGGAGAGCGGACUGAUGGAUAAUGGGUGGUAUGGAAAGUUCCAUAUGGAAAUGGUGGUAUGGCACAAUGCCCACUGGGCCACAUGGGGUCGUCAGAAGUAUUUUGAUGAUAUUUUCCCAAGCCUUUACGAGACGCUUCUCCCGUCUUCGGUAGCCAGAGCAAAAGCAAUGGGAUGGGAAGGGGCCAGGUGGCCGAAGAUGACAGAACUCAACACCGGAGUCAGCUCGCCUGGUGGCAUCAAUGGACUUCUCCUAUGGCAGCAACCUCACCCUAUGUAUCUGGCAGAGCUAGCGUAUCAGGCUUCCCCGACACCAGAAACCCUUCGAAAGUGGGAUAAGGUCCUAACAGCAACGGCCGAUUACAUGGCCUCUUAUGCUUGGAGGAACGAAUCCUCAGGAUACUAUGAUCUCGGACCACCAUCAUACGGAGUCACCGAGAACACACCACCGGCUGAGACCCUCAACCUAGCCUACGAGCUCGCAUACUGGCACUACGGCCUCUCCGUGGCCCUCAAAUGGAAGUCUCGCCUCAACCAGCCCAUCCCUCGCAAAUGGACCCAAGUCACCAAGAACCUCGCCCCUCUUCCUCAAGUCGACGGCUUGUACGCCGUCUACCAAGGCCUGAACAGUUCCUGGUGGAACGACUCCGCUCUGACCGGCGACCCCCGCAGCCUCAUCAUGCUCCAGGGUAUCCUUCCCGACACGCCAGCCGUGGAUCCCAAGGUCGCCUUGAAGACAGCCGACAAGGUGCGAGAGGUCUGGACGGAUGAUAAGAUUCGUGGGUGGGGAAGACCCGUGCUGGCGAUUAAUUCGGCGCGGAUUGGGAACCCAGAGCGCGCGGUUUAUCAUCUCACUGCGUAUGAGUAUUGGAAGUUUGAUGAUGCUGGGUUUGCCGUGCGUGGAGGAGAUGGCGGUACUCCUCCUCCAUUCAUGCCCGGAAACGCUGGCUUUCUAUAUGCAGUGGCAUACAUGGCUGCCGGGUGGAACGGAUCCCGCGGCCACGCGCCUGGUUUUCCUGAAGAUGGAAGCUGGACUGUGAAGCACGAGGGAUUGCGCAAGGCACUGUGA